UGCUAUACCAAGUAUUGAUUUUGCAGCCCUGGCCGAAAAAGCAAAACAGCUGGCAGUUUAAACAACAUUUUCAUUUUUUUUGUUGACUUAUCAUAGAAGUUGAAAUGAUAAAAGCCAUACUUGUUUUUAAUAAUCACGGGAAGCCGAGGCUUUCAAAGUUCUAUCAGUAUUUCGAUGAAAGCCUGCAGCAGCAAAUAAUCAAGGAGACUUUCCAAUUGGUGUCCAAGCGGGAUGAUAAUGUUUGCAACUUUCUGGAGGGCGGGAGUUUGAUUGGCGGAUCGGACUACAAGCUCAUCUACAGGCACUAUGCCACGCUGUACUUCGUUUUCUGUGUGGACUCCUCGGAGAGUGAACUGGGAAUCCUGGACCUGAUCCAGGUAUUCGUGGAAACCCUCGACAAGUGCUUCGAAAACGUGUGUGAGCUGGACCUGAUAUUCCACGCCGAUGCCGUCCACCACAUCCUCUCAGAACUGGUAAUGGGUGGAAUGGUCCUGCAAACAAAUAUGAACGACAUAAUGGCCAGGAUCGAGGAGCAGAACAAGAUCGUCAAGCAGGAAGCGGGGAUCUCGGCUGCACCUGCCCGAGCUGUGAGCGCCGUGAAGAGUAUGAACAUUCCGCAACAGAUUAAAGACAUAAAGCUACCUGAUCUGCCACAGGCCAUUAAGGACUUUAAGUUCUGACAAAUGUACGCCUGAUAAGUCUCUCGUCUAAUUGUAACCUGUUGAAUCUUGUGCUUUUUUUGCUGUCCUUCAUGAAUUUCCAACAGCUGUCGACUGUUUCGUAAUAUUAGGUCCCACGUACUCUAUAUAUCUCCUAUACCAUAAUAAAAAUGCAAAUGAAUUACCAGUAAAAA